AUGUCGAACUGCGCAGCGAGCGACUACGCGGGCGUCGACUCCGAUGACGGAUCGUUUCACCUCAUCGACCCCGAAACGGGACUCACGGUGGUGCGGCGGCGCGUUGCGGGUGAGGCGGCGCAAGACGCUGCGGAGGGGGAGCCGCAGACGGAAAGUCAAAUGAGUGUCUUCUCGCGCUCCAACUGGAGUGUGGUGGCAACGACGCAGCAGGAUGACGAGGGCGGCUUGGCGCAGCGGCCGUCUACCGCGCCGCAGCCGUCGUUGUCCGCGUAUUCGCCGUCGUUUUCGGCGUUUCGCGGGUUGGAAUCCACCUCGCCCUCGCACGCUGAGCAGACCGCAGAAGAAGCGGCCACGGAGGCCUUGUGCGAGGUUGUUCCUCCGGCCCCGUCGCGCCGGACGCGAGACGGUGAUAGUAGCAGCAACGACCACGACGGGCAGAACAACGAGAACGGGCCGCGGCCGUCCGUUUUGUAUGCCUUUGCCGAAGCACCGCCACAGUUGACCCACGCAGGGAAUAGUGAGAAGGUGAGCGCCUCCGCCACUGCGUCUUCACGGGACAAGGUACAGGCGCAGAACUCCGUCCUUCGGGCGCAGCUGGCGGAGGCAGACAGAAAUGGUGCUCAAUACAUGCGGCUUCACGAGCAGGCUAAGGAAGAGUUGCAGAACAUACACCAGACCUUGUCGCUACUUAUUCAUGGUGGCAAUAAUGAGAAUGAAGUGAAUGAGCGUCUUGGGGGCAGAAAUGCAGAUGCAUGGCAAGAGCAAGAGUUAACGACUGGGCCUCAACCCUUCUUUGGCAGACCAACCUGCCUGCAGCAGUUGUUGAGGGUGAUGGGGCUUGAAUCCAUUCUUCCAGUUUCAAAUUACCGUCGAAACGGCUGGCGUGCUAACCGGCGUCAAAAGCGGCAGACGCUUGCAGUUGAAGUGGCCGCUGCGUCAGCUGAGUGGCGGCAUCACUUUUCCUCCGCAAAGUGGCAUGCCCGUAACGGCAGGGCCGCGCUGGCGAUGGAGUUCACCCUGUUGGCGAUCUCCGCAGACGGGUUCGAUGCGUGGCGUUCGCUGCUGGUGCACGAGGCGAACUGGAACCGUUUGGGGGGCAGCGACCGGCAGCGCUGGUACUGCCUGGUGGCGGCCAAAUUGUCCGAGCUGCUGGACAGGCGCGGCGGCGCCCUUACAGCGCGGCUGGGCGAGCAGAACGGCGCGGUUCGUCUGGCGGGGGAGGAGGCGUUGAAUGGCGAGGGCGGCAGCGACAGACAUGCGCAGCAGCAGGAGGAACAACAACAGGCGGCGCCGACGGAUCGGUGGGAGCAGCUCACCCCCGACCUCCUCGCCUCCUUUCUCCGGCGCAUGAGUUGGAACUACGCGGAGGAGAAAACGGCGAGCGCGCUGUCGCGUGCGGCCAGAAACGCGGAGACGCCAUCGACGGAAGCUUGUCUGCCAUCCCAUGAAGACAUUGGUGCGGCUCUGGAGGGUCUCUUGUCGGCCUCCAUCGCAGCGUUUCCCAGCAGUGCGGCGUUGUUCUACCUGCUGGCCUCCCUGCGUGCGAUACAAGGCCGCGAAGAGGAGUCGCUGCAGCUGCUGAGGGAAAUGAUGCGGAUAGACCCCCUGCACCUGCUGCGCGAGGGAUGUAUAUGUAAUCGCUAG